AUGUCUACUAGCAGCAAUCAAGGACGAACCAAAACUGUGCAUUUUAUUCGUCAUGGUGAAUCUACUUGGAAUGUUUGCCGACGUCAACUUAAACUAAGUGAUUUACCGCAACAAGACCGACCUGUGCUUGUUGAUGCUCCACUUUCAUUUAAGGGAAUGCAACAAGCGAGCACGUUGAAAGAAACUAUUGUAAACCUCAAACCCGAAAUCGCUGUAACUUCUCCCUACACUAGGACGUUACAGACAUGUCUUACUUCGUAUGGUUCUGAGAACGUAAUUGUCACAGCACUUUGCCGCGAGUUUAUGGCAGCCACUUGUGACAACAUCGGGUUACCGGCAAGUUGCCUAAAAGUUAUUUAUCCUUGCUUUGAUUUCUCAUCUCUGGACGAGACAUGGUGGUAUAUUCAAGAUGAUAUCAAGUCGCAACCAAAAGCCGUGAAUCUGCUUACACAAGGUGAACUGGUAGUUGAAAAUCAAGAACAAUUUGCAGCAAGAGCGGAAGAAUUUCACAAAUUUCUCUGCGAACGACCGGAACGCAGUAUUGCAGUCUACUCGCAUAAUGAUUUCCUGAUGUUCUUCCUGUCGAAAUAUUUUGGUUUGACCACCGCGCAUAUAUCAAAUGGCGAGGUAUUUUCUCGGGAAAUGCCAUGCCAGGAUUGA